AUUUUCCGCUCGGAACAAAACUCUCACGUGACUAACGACAACUGGAGUGUACUGUAAACAUAGCAGUAUUCAAAAUGACGGCCUCCGUGAAAUUUUUUAUAUUGAAGAGUUUUGUGUAAAAAUGAAGGUUUUUCGUUGAAUUUUUGAAUGGCGUCAUCGGAUUCAGACGGCGAUUUUAAUGGAUUCGAUUCUUAUGACGUUGAAUGUGCCGAAUUGAAGCAAAAAGAGGUAAUAAAUGACCGUGAAUUGGAUGAUAAUUUUGACGAUGAAAGUGACAUUGAAAUUGAACAAGGACUGGAAUACGAUUCGUCUGGAGAGUCUAGCAGCGAAAAUGAUGACUUUGAGGACAUAUUAAAUAGGGACGAUCUCGAAUGGAGUCAGAUUACUCGCAAGGUAAUUAUCAAACGUUUUUCGGCAAAACAAGGACCGACUAAUUUUCCAAAUGUAGGUCAGAUUGACAUAGUUGAUGGCGCCGGAGAUGGUUCCAAGUUGCCUCCAGCUUCCGCAUAUUUUGAUCAGUUGAUUCCUAAUACUUUUUGGGAGACAUUGAAAUUAGAGACAAACCGUUAUUCAUCUCAAAAUGGACGUGAUGUAAAUAUAUCAGUGAGUGAACUGAAAACUUUUAUAGGUAUUACAAUGCUGAUGGGGUUGAUUGUUUUGCCGUCCCUGAAACAAUAUUGGUCGUCGGACCCCUCGUUGAACAGUGACUUCAUAAGGAAGUGCAUGUCUCGUGACAGAUAUUUUGCAAUUCAAAGAGAUUUGCAUCUCACCGAUUCUACUAAACAGCCAGCUAAGGGUGCAGAUGGUUUUGAUCGUUUGUAUAAAGUAAGACCCAUGAUAGACAUGUGCAAAAAAUCUUUUAGAGAACAAUAUGAUCCCCCACAAAAUAUAAGUAUUGAUGAGGGUAUGGUUAAGUAUAAGGGUCGCCUCGGAUUUGUACAAUACAUGCCCAUGAAACCCACGAAAAGAGGUAUAAAAGUUUGGAUUGCUGCUGCGUCUGAUACAGGUUACGUACAUGCCUUCAAUGUUUACACUGGCAAAAGCCUCGACGGAGUACAAGAAAAAAAUCUUGGACACAAGGUUGUUAUGGACCUUAUGGAAACCAUGUUAUACGAGUAUCGACAUGUUUACUUCGAUAAUUUUUUCACUAGUAUUGAUUUGGCAAUCGAACUCUUGAAUAAAAAGACAUACUGCUGUGGUACUAUUCGGUCCAAUAGGAAAUACUAUCCACUAUCACAUGUUCAUAAACUUGCUAAAGGCAGUACCAAAUUUAUUCAAAGUAACAACUUGAUCGCAACAGCAUGGCAGGAUAAAAAGACGGUGCACAUUUUGUCUACGAACUGUGAUGCUGAAAUGUUGGUAGUACAACGCAGAACAAGAGCUGGAAUUAUUGAAAAUGUUUCAAAACCACUUUGCAUAAUUAAUUACAACAAAUGUAUGGGGGGAGUAGACUUGGGUGACCAGCUCCGCCAAUACUAUUCUUUUGGCCGUACAAGCCUAAAAUGGUGGCGCUAUUUGUUUUACUUUUUAUUAAAUGUUGCAUGUGUAAACAGCUUUCUGAUUUAUAAGCUUCACAUGAAAGCACUGGGUAAAACCCCAAUGACUCAACUUGAAUUUCGUCAUUCGCUGGCUAAGUGUUUGAUUGGUGGAGCAGUUUCUAAAAGUUACAGACGCACCCCAAAACGUAAAUUAGAAAACGUGUUCGAUGAAAGCAACAUAUCUGGUCAUUCGCUAGUUCAUUUUUCUGGGCGCAAACGUGUGUGUGUUUUGUGCAGUGCCUCAGGAAAACGCGCACCAAGUGGUAGAGGGAUCCAAUCGUCAUUCGGAUGCAAUAUCUGUUCUGUUAAUUUGUGUAAAACAUGCUUUCCACUGUACCACGCAUCUCAGUCAAAAUAGACAUUUGUAAUAACAAUGAACUUGGACCAAAGAUUUGUUGAUAUUUUGCUGAUUUUAAAAUGGACUAUGUUCUAGUUUUAAUUUUUACUUUUUAUUUAUUUCAGAGUUAUGUUACCCAGUUCACUUUUAUGAAGUUUGAGUUCAGAAGUUUGAGUUCAGAAGUUUGAGUUAAAAUUUAAAAAGUUUUGAGUUCAAUUUACAAGUUUGAAAGAUAUACAUGUACAUGUAUAAAGAUGGUUUUAUAAACUCUUUGGUGUUUCUCAUUUUUUCCCCAGAAUGUUUCUGGAUAUCUUCCUUCAGAUACAUGUAUACAACAGAUUUACCUAGUAUAAAUAACAUAAAUCCAAUCCAUUGAAGUCGCCGCCCGAAUUUGAUGAUAGCACCCAGAAACUCAACAAAAAAUUGUUUAUUUUUGUAUAUUGAGCUUUUUCAAUGGAAUACAUGUUAACACCAUUAAGCCUUAAAAACUACAGCUUUGUACAUUAAUAUUAAGUUAAAUAAGUCAAGGUAAGCAAAAUAUGUCGACAACCUAACGGUUUCCUCCGUCGCAACAAUCACAGUACGGUUGACGACUUUGUUACUCUUUUACUAAAAUGGUUGCCAUUUUUUUAUUUACCAUCAGAUUUUCAAAAAUAUUGUACCAUUGUGAAGGAAAUUAAAUUCUCCUUAAAAUGAAAUUAACUUGUCAGAUUAAUUUUGAACUUUGUAGCAUUAAGUUUUUCUCCAAAGGUUAUCUUGAAAAAAAUUUCAAAUUUUUUUUCAGAUACAUCUUAUGAUACAUAAGUAGUGAUGAGAGAUGCAUAUUUCUAGUUGACUCCAUUGGAAAGAGAAUUCAAUUUCCUUUCAGAAAAUCAUAACUUGUCUUCUUUGAAAGUUGAUAGGUUUUGAGCUAUAAUCACAUGAACAUUUCGCAUAUUUUUUCGACGUUUUUUCUGAAUAUUGUCAGGAUUUGGCGUCAUACAUUAUAAAACUCACUAGUAAUGAAAG